UUGUCCGCGCCAGCGGCACGCGCGUGGAUUCGGUGUGCGCCAGGCGUGCUCCCUGGGCAGGAGCGGCGCGCGGCGGCCGCCUCCCAGGAAGGGGGGGGAGGACACGGGGGGAGGAGGGCCCAGAGGAUGAUAACAGAGCAGCGAGGGAAGAAAGAGCGGGAUGAGGGAUGAGCAACAAGGAAACAAGAAGGAGCAACACACGCGCUGGUUGAAUUGCGCUCAAGGGAGCGCCUUCAGCGCCCCCGGAGCAUGGCGGCGUUAUCCGGCUGGCACUCUGGGAGUGGAGGUCAGGACGAGGAAACGCACCCCUCCCUCCUCCACAAGGGGGCGGGGAAGGACCAAGACGACGACGCGAGGCGAGGCGAGGCGCACAGAGGCGCCCCUCUGCGAGAAAGAACAUUUGGGGCAGCGCCUCGGCGCUGCGCGGGGCGGCCGUGGCCGCAAGGCUCAGGUGUGGAACACGUCGGCGACGCCGCACGUGCUUGCGCGCUCCGGGGGAGAAGAGUCGGGUCGGGCGCGUCCUCCGACAGCGGAGACUGGAAGACAAAUGAGUACUUGUCAAACAAUAUUCAAGCAUAGUCAAAAGAGCACGACGGAUCGUCACCGAACUAUGCUUGCAUCAUUCUUGUAUCAUCCUCCUGUAAGGGGCGUGUCGGCAUGUCCUUAGUGGGCCCUGGGAACGGCAAG